AUGAGUAGUCAACAGCAUGAUUCAACUCCAUCCAUCACUAAAAAGAAACCAACCAAAACAACUCAUGUUCCAACUGCUUGUAUCAAUUGCAAAAAAGCACACUUGGCUUGUGAUUUGUCACGACCUUGCAAACGGUGCUCCACCCUAGGUAAAUCAGACAGCUGCAUUGACAUCAAACAUAAGAAGCGAGGAAGACCAAAGUUAACGUCCAUCAAGAAAUGGCAACACGCAACCACCUUGACUGUAAAUAAACCAUACCAAUCUACUGCACCCAUCGCAUCCUCUUCUUUGCCAUCUACACUAACACCAUUCGUACCUCUGCAUGCAUCACCUACUUUGUUUUCGUCUCCCAUCAGUUCAUUCAAAAUGACGGCAUCCAGAGAAAUGGCAAGGGAGGAGCCAAAAUCACCCAAAGAAAUGAUGACGAUGUUUUUAUCCAUGGAUCUAUGCUGUGCUCGCAUUUCAGAUGAAUCGAUGCAAUUCCUCAGCACAAAUCCUACACAAAUGGGCCACUGUUCCUUUUACGAUAUCAUACAACCUGAAUCAUCGGAAACUCUAUCGCGUCUUCACAGAAUUCUUCUAGACAACUGUCAUCGUCAAGUAGCACAACCAAUAUCAUUCAAACCAGCGAGCUCUGAAACGUUCCUGACGACAUCAGCUGCUCAACUUUUAUCCAUUGCAAAUGGAUCCCAAACUAUCAAGGAAACUCUUAAAUUUAAAUCAUCAACAGCAUCGUUGUUUGAGUGUCGAUUCUACCUGGGUGGAGGUUUUGGUGGCGAUUUGUUUGUAUCCAACUCUUUGGAUCAAUUGUACAUGGUAUGCUUGGUCACUAGAAAGCCUUCAGUAUCACCACCACCACCACCACCACCACCACCAUCAUCAUCAUCAUCAUUACAGCCAAUAAAUAUGGUAGGCAGCUUGCUAAAACAACAACCAGAUUACCAAUCUCUACUCAGCAAUUCUGACUUGAUGUCUUUGUAUCAUAACACGCCCACCAAUGACAGCGAUACCAUCCAGCUAGUGAAUAACUUGUGUGAAGCCAUCAUGUCACCAACACAUUCCAUGGAACAGCCUACAAUGACUCACACGAACGGGUAUCACAGCAGUAGCAGCUGCAGUAGUGACGACGGAGAUCAACAUUGCCACUAUCAUCAUUCUCAGCUACACCAUCCUCACACAGCAAGCCCUAGUGCAAGCCCUGCUACACCUCCCACAGCCAUUCAAUUGCAUCCUCCUCAGCAAACUUAUUCCAGUGCGCUACUAAAUGAUUUCUUGGAGAAACCAAUGGAUGACCUUGUUGGGGAUCUUUUACAUGAUAACAAUCCUUAUUGGCUUGGAUAA